GCGUGUUGGUAAAGCAGCGUGAGGAGGGCAGCGAGGGAAGUGAGAAGAGACAGGGGGAGGGGACAGCCGGAGAGGGUGCAGACUCUUGUGGUAGUGCAGGAACGGAGCACGUUGUACCGGCUGGUAGAGAGUAGCAUUGCACAGUCAGCUCUUCCCUAGACUUUGGCACGUAUCUCCCGGCGGGCAGCAUGAAGGUGGCAUCAGAAGAACCCCAGGCUAAGAAGCAGAAGCUGGAGGAGAAGGCACUGAGUGAAAAUAUUCUGUUUGGGAUGGGCAACCCUCUUCUCGACAUUUGUGCUGUGGUGGACAAGGACUUUCUUGACAAGUAUGGCUUGAAGGCUAAUGAUCAAAUUCUGGCUGAAGACAAACACAAGGAGCUGUUUGAUGAGCUGGUGAAAAGGUUCAAAGUCGAUUAUCAUGCUGGUGGUUCCACUCAAAACUCCGUAAAAGUGGCUCAGUGGAUGAUCCAGAAACCAUAUAAGGUUGCCACAUUUUUUGGAUGCAUUGGAACUGAUAAGUUUGGAGAGAUACUGAAGAAGAAGGCUGAGGAGGCUCAUGUUGACGCCCGUUACUAUGAACAGAGCGAGAAGCCUACAGGCACAUGUGCUGCUUGCAUCACUGGUGACAACAGGUCUCUGGUGGCAAACCUGGCUGCUGCUAAUUGCUAUGAUAAAACAAAGCAUCUCGACCUGACGGAAAACUGGCAGCUGGUGGAAAAGGCAAAAGUUUACUAUAUAGCUGGUUUCUUCCUUACCGUCUCUCCUGAGGCCAUCCUUAAAGUUGCCACACAAUCCUCCGAUAACAACAAGAUCUUCUGCAUGAACCUUUCGGCACCGUUCAUCAGUCAGUUCUUCAAGGAGCCCCUUAUGAAAGCCAUGCCUUAUGUGGACAUCCUUUUCGGGAAUGAAGCGGAAGCUGCUACUUUUGCCAGGGAACAAGGAUUUGAGACUGAAGAUAUCAAGGAGAUUGCCAGAAAGGCUCAGGCUCUUCCAAAGGUGAACUCGAAAAGGCCAAGGGUUAUUGUAUUUACUCAAGGACAUGAAGAUACCAUCAUGGCAACUGUGGAUGAAGUUGUGGCAUUCCCUGUGUUAGUGAUCGACCAGAGUAAAAUAGUAGACACCAAUGGAGCUGGAGAUGCGUUUGUUGGGGGUUUUCUUUCUCAGUUGGUGUCUGACAAGCCUUUGGAAGAGUGUAUCCGAGCUGGUCAUUAUUCUGCUAACGUGGUUAUUCGACGAGCUGGCUGCACUUUACCAGAGAAACCGGACUUCAAAUAAUGAAAGGGAUGAAGCCUGUGAGAAGAUCUGCAGGUCCCUACUUCCUUCUUUCUCCUUCCCUCUACACAGGCAUAUUAAAGAAACUGUACUCUGUACUCCUGUCAGCUUCUGAAAUAUAGUAUAUACCCUCCCCACAUGUCUCUCUACCUCUUUUCCAAAAAA